UCAAGAUCCGCUCGGGAAUAAACAAGAAUAUUGGAAUUUAACUUCAGUGUCGGCGUGCGAAACCAUUAAGCACUGCCAAACAUCAUGUGGACUCAUCGGGGGCGGCAAUCGGUGACCACCGUCGUCACCAACUCUUCACGUCGCCUUGUGAGAAACAACCGAUCUAUCGCCACGCCCUGGCGCAGAUCUUAUGCCAGCAGUAACAAGGGACCGGAGCCAUCGGCUAACUCGAACUGGCUCCGGAACUCUUUGGGCAUGGCGGGAGCAGGCACUGCUGCCGUUUUUAUUUACGAAUAUGCUACAUCCAACCGGAAUCAGAUUGAGAAGCCAGUGGAGAAGGUGAAAGACCUGGCUAAAUCCGCCGAGGAACUGAGCUCGCAGUACGUACAGCACAAGCGGAGUGUUAAGAGUCCCGGUGUUUAUGUCUGGGGCAAUAACGCCUAUCGUGUGGUUGAUCCGGAAUCCAAGGAGUCUGUGGUGAAGACUCCCCGGAAAUUUGCCUACUUUGAAGGUCAAGUGCUCAGAGACCUCAAGCUCGGAGAGAGGUCCGGAGCAGCCAUUACGGAGAACGGCGACCUGGUCCAAUGGGGCAAGGGCUAUUCAGAGACUGAAUUCAAGCCCACAAAGACUCUUACCGGCAAGAAUCUGGCUUCGUUGUGCAUGUCCAACGAUCGGAUCCUUGCAUUGUCCUCGGACGGCAAUGUCUAUUCACUACCCAUUGCCAAGGAGGACCAACUGGGUGGCCGCAAGACCAAGGAAGGGUCAUGGGUGCCUUUCCGCUCGGGAACAUCCAGUAUUAGCUACCGCUUGCUGCAGCCGACAUUGAAGCUGGGCGAGCGUGUAACCGCUCUCGCCAGCGGACUCGACCAUGCUCUACUCUUGACCAGCUCCGGCCGGGUGUUCUCCGUUGCGGCUUCUACUGAGAAUUACCCUUCCUUUGGACAGCUCGGUAUCCCCGGCUUGACCUGGGCUACUCGCCCCAAGGGACCGGUGGAUGCCCUUCACGAGAUUACUGCGCUCAAGGGUUCCAAGAUCGUCCAGAUUGCUGCGGGUGAUUACCACUCGCUCGCCCUUGACAAGGACGGCAAUGUGUUCGCUUUUGGCGACAACUCUUUUGGACAGUUGGCGAUGGAGUUCAACCCGUCCUCGCCUUUCUGCGACACCCCGACUCUGGUGCCCAUCAGGAACCUCUACCGCGGUCCCUGGUUGCCCAAGGCCACUCGGGUUGCGGCCGGAGGUGCCAACAGCUUCUUCACCGUGGAUGCGCAGCGCAUACUCAGCUCCAAGGAGGAUCCUGCCACCCUCCGUGACCUGGGACGCAUCACUGCCGAUACCUGGGCUUGCGGACGGGGCAUCUGGGGAGCUCUGGGUACCGGCAAAUGGACCCACGUACAGGAUUCACUCGCCAAGGUGAAGGCGCUGAGUGGUCUUUCCGAAUUCGACGAGAAGACCAACCGCCUGACGCCCAUCCGCAUCCAUGAUCUCUCAGUCGGCACGACCCACGUCUCCGCGGUCAUGAACAACAGCACCCAUGUGGAUUCAGCUCCCUCCAGCACCUUGAAUGAUACUCGUGACUGGGGAUACGAUGCGCUCUGGUGGGGAGGCAACGAGCACUUCCAGCUGGGCACAGGCAAGCGCAGUAACCUGUCCAAGCCGAACUACAUCCACGCCCCGCCGGAGGAUGCAGACGAGCAGCAGGAAGCACGCCUCCAGAUCAUGCCUCGCCAUAAGGGCAAGGUCGACCGUCGCACGGUGAGCAUGGAGCAGCGCGUGGUAUGUGGACGACACAUUUCUGCCAUCUAUUCUUCCGUAUAAUUUGACCCUCUUCUUUUCCAUGUAUAAUGAACCAUAAUUGGUGCUAUGACCAUGUAUAUUAGCUAUAUCUUCUGGGCGUGUUAUGAGGUGAUUGGGGUUGAAAAAGUCGUGAUCAGGGCAUGUAAUACCAACCUAUCAGCACACAGCUGGAAUCCAAUGCAAAUCUCAUACUCUUCAG